UUUUUCAUGGGUAACAAAUAACGUGAAGUUAUCUUAUUUUGUAUUUUAAAUUUGAGUUUUGCAUUCCAUAGUUUGAAUUUAGGAAAACUGGGUCAAAAACGCUCUCACUUUAAAAUCUUGCGCUGUCUCGCCAUGGCUGGCGUAUUUACAAUGUUGGCAGUUCGCCGACUGUUCAGUAAAAAUAUCGUUUUAAGACAUUUGAAUGCUACUAAGUCUGUCUCGUGUCCAAGUGCCAGAUGUAUUUCAACAGUUGAAGGCGCCCAGAAAACUUACAAACCAAAUUUGGCUCUCCGUGUUUCUGAUGAAAAUGACUUGACUGAUAUAGAUAGGUUUCUGCGCAAACAAAGAAUUAAGGGUGCUUUGUACAGCCGCGACGAAAAUGAGCAGGCUACAGAACGUUUUUGGAGUCGGAUUCUAAAAGGUACAGUACUUAUUAUAUUCAUAGUGAAGCAGCUGGGGAUAUGGACUUGAUCGAAAGAUAUCUAAAUAUGAGAGUCAAAUUAGGACUUCAUAAUGACCCGGAAAAGGUUUUAAAAGAUAUGCGAGGUGCUGGAUUGACGCCUAGCUCCUGGAUAUACGCCUCCUUUAUAUCUCAAAGUUGUGCUGUCGGAGAUAUGAAUCAAACAAACUUUUGCUUGCGUAUGCUCCGAGAUGCUGGAUUCAAGCCCAAUCGUUACAUUUUUUCCCAGAUUUUACACGGUUACGUGAAAGCCGGACUACCUGAGGAAGUUUCUUCUACGCAGGAGUUACUAUCUCAAAUAGGUUUGUGGCCAUCAAAGUUUGCAUAUGAAGGCCUUUUGUCCGCUUACGCUGAUAUUGGUGACAAAGACAGUUUAUUACGAACUCUAGAUGAGGCUUACGCUGUACUCCCUUCAAUAGAUGACAAAACAGCAUCCCGUGAAAUCUCACCUAUUUUACUCUUGGAUCUGUACACAAGAUUAGUGUGUUCGUUGGCAUAUACUGAUGCAACGUGCAGUGAGAUUACAACAAAAUUACUUACAACAGAUUACUUUCCGUUGGAGUUUGCUAUUGACACUGUCAAAGUGCUCUUAGCGAAGGGACGCCCAGCUGCUGCUCUGGAAAUUUUCAAAGUAAUACAUAAGUAUCAAAAACAAAAUGAUCAUCUAUCUUCAUUUCCGGUUUAUGCUGCUGCUGGUGGUUUGGUUAGUCACUUUUUUGUUUAUAUAUACUACACAAUUCAAGCGUUCCCCCCAAUUUUGUUUUUGCUACAGUUUCACUCUUUCAGCUGUUUGGUUUAUUCGUGAAGCUUAUUGUUCUGAACAUCAGCAUAAACUUCAGAUAGAAGUAAAAGCGACAUAUUCGAAUCUCUCUACGUAUGACUGAUAACUUGUCUUGUCGACUUUGAUCUCUUAAAUACAUCCGUUACACCUGAUGGAGAAAAUAGGCCUUCCAUGUACGACUUUGUAGUGUAGUCCGUUGUAAGAAAUCCGUAUGAUGUCGAUGAUCUCCUCAGUUACUCACUCCAUAGUGUCAAAGUCGGUUCCAUAAGGUUCUCCUACUCAUGCCGUCGUUUGAUUUCUCAUAGCCAAAGAAGGUGAUUUAUAGUGAGACGUUCCAUAUAAUUGAUUGCCCAACAAUGAUCUAUAGUUUCGCGAUUUGGCGUGUGCUCGCCUGGUCCUCACAGAAUCCAACUUGUUGAACUCGGAGUUGAGCGUCUACUGAAUUUUCCAUUCGGUUCAGCAACACUGUUGAGAACUUAUCCUGAUACCGAUAGUAGUGUGAUUCCUCUGUAGUUUUCACAUUAGCUGAUAUCUCCAGUUAGUUGGCACUUGCUCUUUCUCCCAAAUGUUCCUGAAUGGAGAGCAGAGCAUGUUUGCAGUUACUUCUAUGUGUGACUUCAGUACUUCAAGUGGCAUAUUUUCAGUUCGUGCUGCUUUCCCACUAUUGAUUUGUCUGAUGACGGGCCAUUCUGGUCUCUUCGUUCGUUUGUGUAGUGACAACUAUAGGAGGGUCUGUGUGUGAUGCUUCGAUGUCCGUUGGGUUAAGUGGGGCGGGUCUACUCAAGAGUUCCUCGAAGUAUUCUACCCAUCUGUUCUUGAAUCUCUGUGAUGGUCUUAUCCCUUUUAUCCUUGACCGGUCGCUCUGGUUUACUAUAUUUCCCUGUCAGUUUCUUCGUCUUGUCAUAUAGUUGUUUCAUAUUUCCUCCUGUUGUGACUUUUUCCCUCUUCGUUGCUAGGUCUUCCAUAUAUCUUUGUUUGUCAGCUCCAAUGUUCCUCUUCACUUACUUGUUGCUUCUGUGUAUUCAGUUUGUGCCUUGACUUUCUCUGUUGUCAGUUUCUGUCUUCUUGUUCUUCCUUUCUUGAAUCUUGUUGAGGGUUUUGAUGGAGAUGUAUUCCUUAUGGUGAUGCUUGUUGCGACCUAGCAUUUCCUGAAACGUUGAUGUUAACGCCUCUGUGAUCCCUUUCCAAUUGUCCUCCAUAGUAUUUUCUUCUUCUUUGAGUAAAUCUUGUACGGCUUGAAACCUGUUGUUGAGAGUUAUCUUGAAUUGGUUGAGUUUGUCAGUAUAUCGAAGGAAGUCUGUAUUGAACUUUUAGAGUACUAUUUCUCCAGUUGUCCAGUGUUUCUCUAGCAUCAGUUUUCUUCUUGGCAACCACCAGGUAGAUGGUGAUCUGAAGCUAUGUCAGUUCCUCUCCAGGUUCUCACGUUCUCCAUUGACCUUGUGAAUAUUUUAAUGAUGCAAAUAUGAUCGAGUUGGUUUUGUGUGGUAUAAUCCAGUGAGACACACGCAACUUUGUGUAUGUGUUUGUGGAGAAAUAUAGUAGUACCACCUAUGAUCAUUUUUUGAAUGCAUACUAAUUUGCAAAUCUGUCACCAUUCUCGUUCGUUUCUCCCAAUCAGUCAGUGUCGUUCCACGAUAUCUGGAUACUCGGUGUUGUCCACUCCGAAUUUAACGUUUAGGUCUCCCAUCAUGUCCUUCCCUGCACACAUGGCUACGAUUGAUUGUAGCCUCUCAUAGAACUGAUCUUUAUCAUCAUCAUUGCUAUCAUUGGUUGGUGCAUAACAUUGGAUAACAUUGUGACUCCCUCCUUACCUUCUUUUGAAAGAUGCGUUGAUUAUUCCGGGUUGAUAAGGUUUUCAUCCUGUGAGUGCUCCAUAUGCUUCUUUGUACAUUAUCAGAGCAAGUUCCUGAGUGUGUAAAGCAUUUCCUUCUUCGUAACCAGAGUGCAGCAGCAGCUCUCCUGAAUCUAACCUUUACUGUGCAGAUUUGGUUUUCAUUGAUUCCGUGAACAUUCAUGUUGUAUCUCCGCAUUUCCUUAAUUAUUAGAUCAGUCCUUCCAGUCUCGCACAUUGUCCGAACAUUUCAAUUAUCUAUGUUAACCGUUGCUGUUGUUGCUAGAAUGGACAUUGACCUCGUGGCUUUCGAAGAAUCUUGACUGUCACCAUGAGGUGUCAUAAUUCUUCUGGAUGAAGAUCCUUCAACUCCUAAUGAAGAAUUUAAAUAGUUUAAUUUGUUCCUGUCGUUCGGCGCUUUCGGCAAGGUUGUUUUCCGCGUAAUAGUAUUGCUGACUCUGUGCCAGACCCUCCUCUUUUUCUCGAGCUUAGAACCGGUGUAUCACUAGAAGGGCUGCAGUUGAAGUUGCCACUUCUUCAGAGGAAUAAACAAAUUAAAUCUACACAAGUUUAAAUAGUGCAAAGGAGCGGAGCAAUGUUUAAUGGCAUUAAUCGAAAAAUCUCUGACUACAGUUGAAAAUUUUUUCUGUGUGAGUUGGUUCCCAAUAUACCUUUGCUUUUUUUAUUUUUUCUGUUGUGUUUCUUGUGUCUAACAUGUCUAAAAAUGACAGUUUUUGUCCGAUUCUUCCAUUGUAAAGUUUGUGUACUCAAAGACCUUGACGUUGUAGAUAUUCUCCAGCUCCUUUUUAAUGUUUACGAAUUUAUCAUCUACAUAGAGCUGUAGCUUCAAAGGACAUUAUCAUUUUGUCGUCAUUGAUUUAAAUUUCCCUAGUCUUAUACUUUAAUUGUGUGGAAGAUGUAAUGAUAUAGACGGAUAAGUUCACCAAAGGUUUCAGUAUUUAACUUCCUCCUGAUAAACUAUAUGUUAAGGUUCCGAGGAGUGAUUAGACUGGCCGUAGUGGGGCAUUUGGUUUGUGUAGUUUCAGCCCACCAUAGAAUAGAAAGAGAAUUUAUUCAUUGUCUUUCAUUCGUGAUUUGUCUUAUAUCGAUAUUAGUCUUGCUCUGUCAAGCUUUUUUGACGCUUUGCAAGUCUUUUUCCAACCUUUCAUUGGAUUUGUGUCCGUUGUUUGUAUAUGCUUAUAUCCUCAAGUAGCUUAUCAAUUUUUCAUUCAUCGUUCAUAAUUACUGUGGCACAUCUCUUACUUUCGAGUAUUAUGAAAUUGUCUCUUUUUGAGUUUCUUCAUGGUAUUUCCUGUGCCCUCAGUUGAAUAUGGUUUUUCUGCCAUUAUGUUUGGUCAUUAGUAAUCUAGUCCAAUCUAUUUAGUAGAUUGUGUUAAAGUGUGUUUUUUCAAAUCGAUUUCAUCAUUGUUUUGUGUCAUUUGCCGGAUAUUUCAAUCAGAGUUGUCAAGUAUUUUGGUGAGUAUUCUAACAUUGAUCCAAGAUUUGUUUGUCCAUUCACUUAAAAGAAAAAUCUUCCAAGUCAUUGUUUAUUUUAUCUCCAUACCUAACAUUAAAUAUUUAUAUUUGCACCUCACCUGUCUUUGUUUUACCAGGAUUACAAGGCACUAGAACCUUUCUGGCAUACAGCUAAUGUGGAUAGUAAAGAGCUGUUUAUGCUUAGAAAUAAAUGUAAAUUGUGUAAGUAAUAUGAUUUGUAAUGUUCAUAUUUGUAUAAAUAUAACCGUAUUGAACUUUGUCCAGUUUAAUAGACAGAAUCAUCCGCCUAAGUGUUUGCACUCGUGGUUAAUUUUUACGACUGUUUUGAAUUCAUAUCUUUUUGUGGUAAACCUUAUAGAAAAUACAUACCUACAUUGUAAAUACUUUCUGCAGUGUUAUUUCAAUGGGUUAAAACUGACAUAUCAGUUGUACAUGUUGAGUAAACUAGCUGUCUGUUUGUUGCUGCUGCUGUGUGUGAUAUGUUUUGCACCAGGUUUAGCAUAUUGUUAUUUUUUAAACGAUUCUUGUAAAUUAUUGUUCCAUUCAUUGGUCGCUGCUACUGUUUCUGUUUGUAAAUUGAAGUGGAUUUUACAAAAUAAGAUAUAACGACUGUAAAACGAUGCAUUAAUUGUACAUUACAAACUCAUUCAUGCCUUAGUAGAUAACCAGGACAUCUGAACUUUAUGUUCCCAAAGUUUUUACAUUUUCUGUUAUUCACUAUUUUAGACAUCCAUAUAUUCACGUGUCCAAAUAUUGUAGCUGGGUAGUUUUCAAGACCUUUAUUUGCAUAUGUCGUAAAAAGUCUUAUCAAGAAGAAGUAGUUAUUUAUUUCAUAAUUCUUGUUUAAUUUCACUGUUUUCAUUAUAAUUUUGAAUGUGUAUUAUUGUCGUGAAUCACAGGAGCAAACUUGUGUAAUUUACUCAACAUUUCAUCCAUAAAAUUAAUUCUUGGAUAAUAAUAUUUUAAUUUUGAUUCUGUAUAUCCAUCUAAAGAAAAGUUCUCUCUUUAGAUUUCCAUCGGAUCGGUAAAACAAACAGUAAAUUGGGCGAUCAAUUUCAAACCUGUCUUGAAGAGCACAACGUACAAGGUUGGUUAUUUAUCAAAAAGUGUAAAGCUAUUAAAACUAACCUGCCAUCAGUUUAAUUCACUACAACUUAUGCCUGUUACCCCUCGUGGAGGAGCAUAGGCCACCCAUCAAUAUUCUCCAUCAAACUCUGUCAUGGAUAAUCCUUUCCAGUUGCUACUCAUCCUUAUGAUAUCUACUUCCAAUUCUCGACACAGCGCUCUUUGGUCUUUCUCAUUUCCGUCAACCUUUAGGAUUUCAAGUUAGAGCUCGCCUCGUGAAGUCCCUCCGGGGGCUACUGCCGGUCCCAAGCCCGGAUAAAGGAGGAGGGUUGGGCAUGGGGUUAGCGUCCCCAUCCCGUAGAAAACUAACUCGCUAAAAAACGCCAACCAAAAAAGAAUUAUUCAAACCUUUUAAACUCUGCCCCGGGAGUCAGGUCUUCAUUUAGAAGAAUUAUGACGCCUCAUGAUGAAAGCCGAAUUCCUUCGGAAGUUACGAGGCCGAUGCCCCUUCUGACAACCAGAGAAACCAUUUAUUUAGGUGCAUGGAAUGUUCGUUCAAUGUGGGACACCCGGAGAGGCUUCCAAAUUGCUGCAGAAAUGAGGAGAUACAACCUAGAAGUGCUUGGGAUCAGUGAAACGCAUUGGACGCAAGUUGGACAACAACGACUAGCUUCAUGGGAGCUUCUGUUAUACUCCGGCCAUGAUGAAGAAAAUGCUCCACAUACACAAGGAGUUGCAUUGAUACUGUCCAAAAGAGCACAAAAGACACUUAUGGGAUGGGAAUCUCAUGGACCAAGGAUCAUCAAAGCCUCGUUCAAAACAAAGAAAGAGGGCAUUUCAAUGAACAUCAUCCAAUGCUAUGCGCCUAUCAACGACUACAAUGAAGACGCUAAAGAUCAAUUCUACAAUAGGCUGCAGUCAAUCGUCGAGAAGUGCCCAACAAAGGACCUGACCAUUCUGAUGGGAGAUUUCAAUGCCAAGAUUGGAACGGACAACACUGGAUAUGAAGACAUCAUGGGACGACACGGACUGGGAGAAAGGAACGAAAAUGGUGAGAGAUUUGCAAAUUUAUGUGCCUUCAAUAAACUGGUCAUAGGCGGCACCAUAUUCCCACAUAAACGCAUACACAAAACCACAUGGACUUCACUGGAUCACACCACGCAAAAUCAAAUCGACCAUAUUUGCAUCAACAAAACGUUCAGGAGAACUAUAGAGGACGUGAGAACCAAGAGAGGAGCUGAUAUAGCAUCAGAUCAUCACUUGCUGGUCGCCAAGAUGAAAUUGAAACUCAAGAAGCACUGGACAAUAGGGCGGAUAAUAUCACAAAAAGUUCAAUACGACGUUUUUUCGGGAUACUAACAAACUCAACGAAUUCAAGAUAGUCCUCAGCAGUAAGUUCCAGGCGUUUUUCAUGAUCUACUCAAUGGAGAAGGAACUACUGUGGAGAGCAACUGGAAAAGGAUCAAAGAGGCAAUCACUUCAACAUGUCAUGAGGUUCUGGGCCACAAGAAGCACCAUCACAAGGAAUUGAUAACUGUUGAUACACUGGAUAAGAUUCAAGAAAGGAGGUACAAGAAGGCAGCAAACAAUACCAUCCGAACAAGAGCAGAAAAAACCAAGGCACAAGCUGAAUACACAGAAGUAAACAAACAAGUGAAGAGGAGCAUUAGAACUGACAAACGUUGAUAUGUAGAAGGUUUAGCAACGACGGCGGUAAAGGCUGCAACAGAAGAAAACAUGAGACAACUGUAUGACACGACAAAGAAACUCUCUGGAAAUCGCCGCAAACCAGAACGACCAGUGAAAAGCAAGGAAGGCGAGGUAAUCACCAACAUUGAAGAGCAACAAAUGAAGGACUCCUGAUCAAAAUACCGAAGAAAGGCGAUCACAGCAACUGUGAUAACUACAGGGGCAUCACUCUCCUCUCAAUACCGGGAAAAGUCUUCAACAGGGUAUUGUUAAACAGAAUGAAGGACUGCGUAGACACCCAAUUUCGUGGCCAGCAGGCAGGAUUCCGUAAGGAUAGACCGUGUACAGACCAAAUCGCAACUCUACGGAUCAUUGUGGAACAAUCAAUUGAAUGGAAUUCAUCACUCUAUAUCAACUUUAUUGACUACGAAAAGGCAUUUGAUAGUGUAGACAGAACAACACCAUGGAAAUUUCUUCGACACCACGGCGUGCCUCAGAAGAUAGUCAGUAUCAUACAGAGUUCGUAUAAUGGAUUAAACUGCAAAAUCGUGCAUGGAGGACAAUUGACAAAGUCGUUCAAAGUAAAGACCGGUGUCAGGCAAGGUUGCUUACUCUCACCCUUUCUCUUUCUCCUGGUGAUCGACUGGAUCAUGAAGACAUCAACAUUUGAAGGGAAGCACGGGAUACAGUGGACAUCUAGGAUGCAGUUAGACGAUCUAGACUUCGCAGAUGAUCUGGCCCUUCUAUUCCAAGCGCAACAAAAAUGCAGGAGAAAACGACCAGUGUAGCAGCAGUAGAUCUCAAUAUACACAAAGGGAAAAGCAAGGAUCUCCGAUACAGCACAGCAUACACCAACCCAAUCACACUUGACGGAGAAGAUUUGGAAGAUGUAAAAACCUUUACAUAUUUGGGCAGCAUCAUUGAUGAACACGGUGGAUCUGAUGCAUAUGUGAAGGCGUGGAUCGGCGAAGCAAAAACAGCAUAUUUACAACUGAAGAACAUCUGGAACUCAAAACAACUGUCAAUCAACACCAAGGUCAGGAUUUUCAAUACAAAUGUCAAGAGAGUUCUACUGUAUGGGGCAAAAACCUGGAGAACUACGAAAGCCAUCAUCCAGAAAAUACAAGUGUUUAUUAACAGUUGUCUACGCAAAAUACUUCAGAUCCGUUGGCCGGUCAGUCUGUCAGUCAGUACCAACGUACAACUUCGUACGUACGUACAUCAGUUCGAGUUGACACACCACAUUAGCACAGAGAUGCAGUUGUCGAUUCAAAUCCCAUAGUGCUAGAUGUAGUAAGAUUAUAAGCUGUAAUCAGAAAAAUUAGGGUUUGAAGAUGUUAUUCAAGGACUAUAAUCCAGUGAAAUAAGUUUGGAAAGAGAAAAAAGAAAGGGACAUGAAAAAAUCAGAAGAUUAAAAUUUGGGAGAACACAGAGAGUGGAUGCACCUGCGCCAUUGCAAACGAUUUUGAGCCAUGUCAUUCAACCGUUGGCCGGACACUAUUAGCAACAAGGUACUGUGGGAGAGAACAAACCAGAUCCCAGUGGAGGAAGAAAUCAGGAAGAAGCGCUGGAAGUGGAUAGGACACACAUUGUGGAAGGCACCCAACUGCAUCACAAGACAAGACCUCACAUGGAAUCCUCAAGACCAAAAGAAAAGAGGAAGACCAAAGAACACAUUACUUUGAGAAAUGGAAAUAGACACGAGAAAAAUAAACAAGCAUCGGAUGGAACUAGGAAAGAAGGCCCAGGACAGAGUGUGUUGGAGAAUGCUGGUCGGCGGUCUAUGCUCCAUUGGGAGUAACAGGCGUAAGUAAGUAAGUAACUCGUGAUGCAGUUUGAUGGUUACCCUAAUGUAUCUCGUAUCCACUACCGUCUUUUCGUGAUUUCCUCCUCAGCUCAAAGUCGGAUUGUUCUUUCCCACAGUUAGCUGUUGUUGAUGGUAUCCAGCCAAUGGAUUUUGAGUAUAUCGCGUAGACAACUAUUUAUAAAUACGUGUGCCUUUUUGAUGAUGGUUGUAUUAGUUGUUGAAGUUUCAGAUUUGUACAGUAGAACUGUCUCGACGUUCGUAUUGAAGAUUGUGGCUUUGAUAUUGUUUGACAUUUGUUGUAAGUUCCAGAUAUUGUUCAAUUGUAGGAAUAUUGCUCUUGGUUUACUGAUCCUCACCAUUACAUCUGCAUCAGAUUCUCCCUGUUCGUCGAUGAUGCUGACCUUGUCAUGUGCUAAAAGUUUCCACCUGCUCCAGAGUUUGUCCAUCAAAUGUGAUUUGUUUGGUUUGUGUUCUCUGCGUUGUAUUUGAGGAUGUUGGAUUUUACCUCGCGUAUGUUAGGACCUACUGAUGUAGUCUUCUGCUACACAGGUUGUUUUCAUCUGCAUUUGUUGGUGUAUAUAAGAUAAAAGAGUUGGGUCGUCUUGGAAGUUCAAAUCGUCUAGUUGCAUCCAAGCUUUUCAUUGUAUUCCGUGCUUCCCCUCACAUGUGUGGGUCUUCAUAAUCUAGUCAACCACCAUAUGAGAGAGAGGGAAAGAGUAAGCUGCCUUAUCUGACACCAGUUGUCAAUUGAAAUGCGUCUAUAAGCUGUUAUCCAUGCCCGACUUUGUAGUGUAGACCGUCGUAUGAAUGCUGUAUACUACAACUUAGCAAUAACUUAAAAAUAAUUAUUAUUUUAUGUUAUUCUUAUAAUAUAUUUAUUCUCUGUCUUCAUACAUUUAGCAUCAUAGUGUUGUUUUGAUUUGGUCAAUCCUCAUUAACGUAGAGCCUGGGACAGAUGUCCAUUGGCUCAAUUCUUCAUAUCAUAUUAGGACUUCAAGAUGUAGAUAACAAAAAGUAUGUCAAAAGAAAUCAAAAUAAUGUAACAAUGAUAGUGAGAAGGAAUAAGCGUGAAGUAAUUUAAAACUACAAAGUUGAAAGUUAUCUGUAAAAGAAAUAUCGGUAUCUAAGAUUGAGAGGAAGUUCCAGAGUAUACAAAACUGGGCCACCAUUCAACUCUGCUUAGAAUGCUUUUGGCUGAAUAGAUUGUCGACGCAAUCUGCACAUGAUAGACAAAUCCCAAAGGAGACUAAUCACUUGGGGCCUUAAAAAACAGUGAAAUGAUUCAAACAACCAGUACGCAUGAUUAUCCCAUACCAUCUCACGGAAAGUCUCUGAACACUGGUUGUGGUUGUUGCGCACACUCCUACCAGGGAGUCUGCAUCAAUCAGUAUAGUUAAGGACCAAACAGUCAACAAAUUCGUGGACUACUGUCAUGUUUUAGAUAUUUCAUCGUUAGUCUCCCGACUUCCACUACAAUGAUCCACCGAAAGCUAUUUCAACUCUGAGCCACGCAGAAUAAGAAAUUUGGUAUCAGUGAAACAAUCUCUAAAGCUGAUGAUACCCCAAUUAGCAAUGUUCAAAUACGUCGGAAACGAUUAGCCGAGUUUUCGAAAAGCAGUACAACUGUUCUGUUGCCCCAGUCAUCGAUUAGUUUAUUCUGCUCUCCGUGAUCGCCGACGAAUGGACCACCUAACAAAAGAAAGAUCCACAUGGAACUCCAUCUUAUAAAGCGUCAUAAGUUAGCGAGACCAAACAGUUCACCACUGGUUAUUUUUUGGGAACGUAGCAAACCUCUGAUCAGGAAAGUGAUAGGUCUGUUACGAAAAGCAUAAAAAAUUAAGUGUCCCAACAUCUUGAACUAAAACAAAAAUCCUGCUUAUCCUUGAAAAAGGCUUUGUCAUCUAAACAAUAGCUAUCAGAGUCUACUGUCGAUUGCAUUCAAACGAUUGGCUCCCGUCAUACUACACAGGUUGAUCAAAAUUCUUGAAAGUCUGAUACGGGUGGGGGCAAGGUGGUUUCCGUUCUGGUCCAAGAAUUAACAAUUACAUAUUUGUACUGUGCCAAACGUUAAAACAUCACCGUACUUAUUGCACAUCAAUAAUCGUUGUGCUUCUUGAUAUGACGGCCACCUUUGUUUUGUUGAAUGAGAUUGUUCUCUCAGAUUGUUUGUUUAAGAAGGGUAUCUCCAAGAGUUAUUAAUAUCUUGAUGACUCGGUAUACAAACACGUCAGGGACAGAAAAGGCGUACAACCACCUCUCUGCAUUGUUCCAUUCCAACAGCAUGGUUAGACAGGAUUAGUUAGUCUCGUCAUUUCCCCCACAACUUUGCCAUCGAUGAUAUUCUGAAAGCGUUACUCAUGGAAGUGGGUAGUGGUGGUGGUGUGGGUCAUUUUACUGAGGAAGUAUUUCUAAACUUGAAUAUACGAAUGAAGUUGUUUGGCUGAGUGAUAAUACUCAGGAUACGACAUUUUAUUAUUCGGUACAAUGAAAUGAUGCAACUCAGUGUCUUGAGACUUUGUCAGAAAGGGCUUAAAUUAGAAGUCAAUGGCGAUCCCAUCGCAAUCUCUCUUACAUUUCUCUUGACAGGAACAAAGCAAACUAAACGAAGUAUUUCGGUUUGGAUUUUCACCUGAAUUAUAUCUUUAAGGACAUGCUAUUAAAGUAAUAAUCAGAAACUGUGACGGUAACUAAAUUCGAUGCACAUGUGUCAAGUCCUACUUUACACAUGACUGACUGGUGCGAACUUCCAAGAUAAAUUUUUAAAGGAGUAGUGUAUGGCUUCUGUCCGGGAAGUUCUACUCCUUGCCUUAAGCCAAUAGGGAUAUAUUUGUAUAAGAAAGUAAAAAAAUGAAAAGAGGAACUUGAACCUUUAUGGUGUGUAUAGAAGAUACAUCUAUGAGACAUUACAAACCCUGAUCACUCACUAUGUUUUUCACAUUACGCAAAAUUUAAUCCGACAAAUGCUUUUUAAAUCCUGCAGCUUGCGUUUGUUUCUUUUCAAAGACUACGUUUCACAGCUGUGAAGUAAUACGUUGGGAGCUGAUCCCGUCACGGACAUCCUACUUACACUAUUUAUGAUGUAUGUUGUCUAAGGUUAAAUCUUUGUCGCAAUUUUGUUAGAUGCCAAUCUACCUGGGCAACAAUAAACUGACAGCUGAGAAAAUCAGCUUUGAGAAUUUUCUGUUCUGAUUAUUGACAGUAUGUACUCAGCAUAUUUGCUUGACUUCUUAUGCAAGUAUUAUGUUGACUUUGUGUUGAUAUUUAUCUGUUCAACCUAAUGAUACAUUAAUUCUUUUAUUUCCUAUUUAAGCUUUACUCCUACAUUCACUGUUAUACUCGUUUAUGGUGUAAAAGCUUGUUAUUAUGUUCACUACUUUUUCUGUAGGCGCUCUUGAUUUAUUGAAGAAUCUAAAUAAAACGAACAUUACAUUAGCGUAUUCAUUGUUUCUACCAAAAUUAAACCGCUCGGGGUUUUCUUUACAGGACUUAAUCAAUCAAACUCAAGAUCAUGAGAUUAAUAAGGCUUUAGUGUUUGGAUAUGUGUUUAAUAACCUAGUAUCAAUACAAUCAACAGACGAUUUAAAAUCACGUUUAACUAGCUGUUUGGAAUUGGUGAAUGAGUAUCGCGCUAAGGAAUUACUACCGUACAAUGAUGUUGUUCGUUUGGGCAACCCCAUUAUAGUUAAACUGGUAAUUAGUCAAUUAUACAUUUUGUUUAUGUUGUAUGAAGUAAAAAAAUAUCUGGACACACAUUACUUACUUACGCCUGUUACUCCUAAUUGAGCAUAGGCCGCCGACCAGCAUUCUCCAACCCACUCUGUCCUAGGCCUUCCUUUCUAGUUCUAUCCAAUUGUUGUUCAUUCUUCUCAUGUCUGUCUCGGCGUAAUGUGUUCUUUGGUUUUCCUUUGGCCUUGAGGUUUCCAUGUGGGGGCUUGCCUUGUGACGCUAAAAAACGGGAACCGGGCACAUAUUGCCCUAUGGUAAAUUGCAUUUACGUUUAAGUGGAGAUAAAUCCAUCAAGUUUUGCAUUUGGAAACUGUAUUUAUAUUUCGUCAAAGUGUUAUCUGAUUAACUGUAAUGCAUAUAGCAUAAGUUAUUAGUAAGACCUGUUUUUCACAAACUUCCUAUCUGAUCCCAAUAACUAAUGAUAGUUCAGUUUUAUUCAUUGCUUUUAUUCAUCAUCUCGGAAUAUUACAUUGGUUUGAAGACCCCAUGUGUGGACGUUAUUUGCAAAUACUUACAUUUCCUUAUUGUGAGUGCUAUAAAAUAGUACGACCAAUAAAUUUCUAUUGCCAUAUAAUUACUGAAUGGCCGUUUUCCGGAUACCAUUAGCAACAACUUACUGUGGUAAAGAACAAACCACUUCCUACCUGGAUAGGAAAUCAGGAAAAAACGUUGGUAUUGGAUACAACAUACAUUAAGGUAACCAUCAAACUACGCAAGAUAAAAUCCAACAUCCUCAAAUACAACGCAGAGAACACAAACCAAACAAAUCACAUUUGAUGGACAAACUCUGGAGCAAGUGGAAACUUUUAGCACAUGACAAGGUCAGCAUCAUCGACGAACAGGGAGAAUCUGAUGCAGAUGUAAUGGUGAGGAUCAGUAAACCAAGAGCAAUAUUCCUACAAUUGAACAAUAUCUGGAACUUACAACAAAUGUCAAACAAUAUCAAAGCCACAAUCUUCAAUACGAACGUCGAGACAGUUCUACUGUACAAAUCUGAAACUUCAACAACUAAUACAACCAUCAUCAAAAAGGCACACGUAUUUAUAAAUAGUUGUCUACGCGAUAUACUCAAAAUCCAUUGGCUGGAUACCAUCAACAACAGCUAACUGUGGGAAAGAACAAUCCGACUUUGAGCUGAGGAGGAAAUCACGAAAAGACGGUAGUGGAUACGAGAUACAUUAGGGUAACCAUCAAACUACAUCACGAGGCGAGCUCUAACUUGAAAUCCUGAAGGUUAACGGAAAUGAGAAAGACCAAAGAGCGCUGUGUCGAGAAUUGGAAGUAGAUAUCAUAAGGAUGAGUAGCAACCGAAAAGGAUUAUCCGCCCACCGUUGAAGUGGGCUUUGGCAUAAAUUGAUGAAUAUUUAGUACCUCAUCACUCAAUUCGCUGUUCUAACCUAGUAUCCAGAUCUUAAACCGAGGCAUAGCUCACUUCGUGGUCCCAAAAUACACGAGCUAUGCUUCGAAGUCACCUAUGAGCAAACCGCUGCACAGUAAACUCACCUUUGGUUGGUUAAAGGAUAUCUCAACUACGCCACAAAUGAAGAAAGUUGGCGAACGAGAAUCGAGCCUUAUGAAUUCGUGUAAAAAUUUCAUCAGACGACAAACUCUCAUGACUGCUCCCUAAAUGCAUUAGUACGGCCGGAAUAGAGGACAGCACGCCUAUUUUUGAAAUGUUCUCAAAUGGCCUCCCAUAUGCAGCCACUGCCAGAAAGUCAUCGCGGCGAAGGUGUUUACGAAAUUAAAAGGAUGAGAAUCGGAUGUCAGGCGCUGGAGAUGAUAGUCACCAUUAUAGAUCCUGUGAAGAAGUUACCGUAAGCCAACACUCGACUCCUAUGUGUGUAGACGCUUGUUUUUCACAAUUAAAUGUCUGACUCGCGCUACUCUAUCUUUCAAUAGUGCUUUCUCUUCCGUUCAGUUGGUGGUACAACUUAUCUACGAUAACACUCGGGUUGUAAUCUGUUGAGGUAUGGGUGGUGUUUACAUUAAGACACCGUUUUCUCACUUUUAUAGAACUUUCUAAUCGAACAAAGAAAGCCAAAUCUCUUUUCUGAUCUGCAUCUGUGUGCGAAUGUUUUAGUAGUCAGUAUUUUCAAACAUUCGGAAACUUAUAUUUUCUUAUCACUAAUUAUUUCAUAAUCUGUACUAUUAUUGGCUUUGCUGUGUUAAUGAGGCAUGACAGCUUAAACCGAUGUACUUAUGUGUCAGGUUCUUAUUCAGUGAAUCAAGUUAAAAUUUCGACUAGACAGGUAACUAAGGUUAUAUCGAUGAGACAGGAUUUGUCCCAUAGGUACUCAGGGUCAGGAAUUGGUAGAGUGUAAUUGCGUUGUUAAGUUUUAAUAGUGAUCAUGCUAUUAUCAUGCUCAGAAGAGUACUUUUCUUAAUUGUUCAUUACUUAGUUUCUUUUUCAAUCUAUGCGUUUUUCUAUUAUGCAACGUCUGAAUUUUUUUCUGACUUUUGAUGGAUGUGCUUUUCUUGUUUUGUUUUCUUAAACCUCAGGUGACAAAUAUAAUAUCCGUUUCAGAUAUGGCAGAAAUUGCAAAGUUGAAUAAAUCAACCGUAAUGCAUGACGUUUUCCGCAUUUUCAGCCAUACACUAACAAAACGUUCGUUACGUAUGCUGUACUUGCAAGUUUUCGAAGCUUUGAUGUUAUCCAACCUUCGUUCAUUUCAUGGCAUCCCAAAAAAUAUUGUAAUUCAACUUGUAGCUGAUGUAUGCGCUCAUCAAAAUGUCACGUUUGGUUAUGGUGAUUGGAUAUUAUCAGGAUUGAAAGAUGCCGGUGUACCAAGGGAUUGUUGACAUGUGAUUUGCGAAGUUUGAGGAUGUGAUCAUAUCCUAAACACAUUAUGGCAAAACUUUCUUCUGAUCAAUCUGUGGAACUAUCUUCGUUUUCAGAUCUUAGCGUUGUGCUUUUUGGUGGGCGAACGAGCAACGUCAGAAGAAACAAAAAUGAAGGUUCAUUAGCUAAUCAAAUGAAGUUGCCUUCUGAAGAAUCAGUACCAAUUGCCGCCGAAUCACUUGUUAAAGCACUAAAAGAUGAUCCUAAAAAAUUGGAAACGGAAUUAAAAUCUAUUGAAGCUUUAUGGAGUUUACAAAAGAAAUGCAUUUUAUUGAGCUAUCUCGUAAAUCUUGGAUCAAAAGAUCUGGUUGAACGUGUGUUACAAUUUUUGCCUGAAGAACAAAGAAAACAACGUGAACCAAUGAAAUCACUUGCACAUAUAAUAAAGUGAGCGUAUUUUAUUGAAAGAAAAGAAAAUAGUUAGAAAUUUCCUCUUACAUUGUAAUGUAAUUGAAAAUUCCCUCCACUUUACUUGUUCAACAAGUAUACGAUUUUAUAAAGACAAAAAAUUAUUUAAUUUCAUAGUGUGGUUGUUUUCAUUACAGAAUAAUAUGUUAUCAAAUAUUAUUCGUAUAAAUACUUUUAAAGUCGUCAACUUCUCGAUUAGUCAGUAACAACGUAAAACUUCGUACGUGCGUGCGUACAUCACUUCGACUUGCCACACCACAGAAACAAUUCUCGACUCAAAUCCUGUAAUAGUAAAGGUAGUAAGAGUAUAAGCAGUAAUCGGGAAGAUUAGGGUUUGUAGAUGUUAUUCAACGAGUAUAAUCCAGUGAUAUAAAUUAGAAAAGAGAAAAAAAGGACAUGAAUAAUUCAGAAGAAUUUUGGACAACACAAAGAAUGGAUGCACCUGCGCCAUUGCAAAUGAUUUUCAGCUGUGUCAUUUAAGAUCUUUAACCAUCAGUUGCUAUCGUCUUUCGGAUCCCCCAAUAUACCCUGGUACGGCCGAGAGUGUUGAAAGUCAGCCCUCCCUCUCGAAAUGCUCUCACAUGACCACGUACAUACAACCAUCGCCACGGAUGUCAUUUUCGAUUCAAUAAAAUUAAUGCCUAACUAUUACAUCAUCAUAUAAGCGUAAUUCAAUAAAUGCGUAAAAUUUAACUGUAUCCUUAUAUUAGAAUUUUUAUCUUGUGUUCAGUCGGCAUAGACGCUGGAUUGUCCUUAUUCGUUUAAGAUGUCUUUGUUUCUUUUAUUGAUUUAAUAAAUAUUGUUAUUUAUCAUGUACAGGUCAUCCUUAGAAAAUGAUACGGAAAAAGAAUCAUCUUCAGAAAGUGUGAAACAGUCGAUUCAAAAUUUACAAAAUCUCUCACCUAAGGAUUUAUACUCUACAAUGAGGGGUCCACACUUAGAUACACUUUUCAGAUGUUGGCCAACUGAACAUAUUUCAGACUGUAUGUUAUAUAUUAAUUAAUUUUUUUAACUUGUAAAUUCAAUUAGUCACAAUAAUUUAUGGUCAGUUAUAAAAUUUAUACUCAUUGUUAUAAUGUUCUAUUCUCCCCAAAUGCCCUGGUACGGCCGAGAGUGAGGAGAGUCCUGUCUCCCUCUCGAAAUGCUCUCACAUGGCCAUGCGUAUAUAGCCUCUGCCAGGGAGGUUCUACUCAUUGCCUUCUCGUGGCGCGGGUGUUGUUUACGAAAAUGAGAAGACGAAAAGCGAAUGUCCGGCGCUUUAACCGGAAUCCAAACCAAUAGUGCACAUGGCAUCCAGUAUCCUGCGCGAACAAAUGGUCACAGUGAUGUUGACUGACAGUUGCUUUGAGUUUCAUGUGUUGUCAAACUGUAGGAAUGCGGUCCCUGCUUUGCCAAUUCGUACUCAAAUAUUUACAUUAGGUUCUCCUUGUUUAACAAUGAUGCUGACCAGGUACGUGAAAGUCACCACCUCUUCCAGUGCUUCUCCAUCAAGUAUGAUUGGAUUCGUUGGUAUUCUCCGUGUUGUGUCUGAGGAUCUUACGUUUUCCCCUGUGUAUGUUCAGGCCUACUGAUGCAGAGGUUGCUGCAGCUACACUGAUUGUCUUCACCUGUAUUUGGUCAUAUGCAUGCUAAAUAUGUAUUUAGUAAGGUGAACAAAUUAUUUGUAUUACUUUUAGAAAGAGAUGAGUGAGUAGUAAAUAAAAAAUUUGUGAAAAUUAUCAUAAGAAUAAAAUAACGUGAAUGUGGAUCAUAUUUGUAUACAUAUGAGCGAAAAAAUAUCUACUAUAAAUAGGCUUGUAAACUGUGGUUAUGGUUAAGAAGGGAAUCUAAUAUUUUUUACAUGCCAUAAGGCUUUCUAUCCAUAGCUAUUCAUAACUUCUUCAAUAUAAGGUUAGUUUAGCCGUGUAUCUGUAGGAUCUUUAUCUGAUAUCGGGGAAUAAAUCUGAAGCUUAAAAGCAUGUAUUUACUACACAUUUCGGAAUUGAUGGUGUUGUUGACCUUUGUCGUCCUUCGCUGAAGCUCAUUGGUAAGUCUAUCACUCCGACCAACAACGUACAUGCCAGUAUCAUUUAUUUUACAUUCAUAUAUGUCAUUAUCUUUGGAAAAGUCAUGUUUUUUUAAUUUGCCAGAACUAGUUAUAUUUAUUGCUCUUUUAAAAAAUAUUCAUAUCGUAUUUCCUUUUAAUUUUUUUAUCAGUGAUUGAUAUCACAAAAAAGCUUUCCAAACUUGGUCUCAAUUCUGUCAAUUUACAGUUGGCUGGAGUUUUGGUUAAUCGUGGGCUGAGUGACUUAGUUUCUACUUUGUUGGAGAAUAACAAAACAGUUCCGUUUACUUUCCUGGUUGGCAAUCCACGAAAUUCAUUGACGAAAUCUGAAUUUCUGUCUUCGGUGGAGUAUCUAAAAUCUGUUGAUUCUCAACAUAUUCCUGGUUUUGUGGAUCAUUGUCUCCGCAAUGCAGGUACUAUUUCUAAAUAUGUUUGUUGUGGUUUGUCGCUGAGUUCACGGUAAACUCAAUCCCUUUUUUGUCGUUGUUACGUUACAUUGUACAUAUUUUUGACAAAUUCAGUAAAAUCGUAAUUAACAUAGAUUGAACAUAUUCAUGAGUUUCUACAAGUGAUUGAUUUCAGAAAAUUACUUCUCCAACUUUCAUCAUUACAUCUUGGUCGAACGGUAGGACUAAAAUAUAUGCUGCUCGUUACGGUGUAUAUAAUACAACCAGCCAUCGAAAUUUUAUUAUCACUAAAGUGAAUAGUCGAUCAACAGCCUAUUAAGUAGAUUGAGAUCAUCAUAUAUAGAUAUCCUUCUGUCGCAUCAUCAGUGACCACCCUACUUUAAUUCACCACACAUCACAUUUAUGUCUACAAUUAGUAUCCGCUAAUUCUAUGCAGUUGUGUGGAAUGAUCCCAGAAGUCGGUAUAUAGCCGAAAGCACUUGACUAAUAGUAAUAAUAUUCAAGGGAUUAUUACGAUCUCAUUUUCCAUCCGUCAUCCGAAGAUAGAUUCUUUUAACUAAAUACAUUAAUUUCGGUGUCAACAGUUCAACUUAAGUCGACAUCUUACAUCGUAAUUCAAUAGACGAUUUCACUGACUUGAAAUCAUACCGUUUAAAAUAGUACAUUAUUUGUACCCUUGAUAUAGUCCUGAUGUUUUUUUAUAUAAUUUCAGCUUUGUCGACAAACGAUGACAACUUAUACCAGUUAAUUCGUACAGUAGUAUCACCACCGUUCAAUAUGGAUCUUCUUCAAGUUUGUAUACAACCCACUCUCCAAGUUUUACAUCAUCGUUUGGAAGUGAGCGAAAAUUUACCAGAAGAUAUACUUCAAGCUACUCAACCAGUUGUUCAAAAAAUUAGUGCAUUGAAAGCAAAAGCUUCCAAUUGAAUUAGAAAGCUCUUGCCCCUCAUUUCUUUCUUCAAACUGCAAAAUUAUAGGUUUCUUUAUGAAGGAUUUUAAUUGUCUUUAGUCAUCAUCGUGUACAAUAAAUUAUUCGAAUCAGCUUCUUCACCUUUUGGUUUGCGCUUGAGUUAUUGAUUAGCAGGUACUAACUAGAGCUAAAAAGGGUUAUAACAACAGCACCUGCAGAGUUAGUAACUUAUUAGUGAGAUAAUUACCGAAGAAGAUACCCUCUCAUACUAUAAGACAUUAACUGCUAAUAUUACAUUUUGAAAAUGGAUGUGUUUUUAGCGAAAAUGUCAAAUGAAAUAUCACUGAGUUCACGUCUGGUCUUAAACGAUACAAAGAAUUGCCAUGCUUUACCAUGGGUACAUUUAUAGACCUGACCAGCCCUUCUCGGAAGUGGGUGUAUUAUCCAGUGCAAAGUUUGAAUAGGUUUAUCCAAACCUCAUCUCAAUGGACAGUCAUUUGUUGGCAAUCCCGUCAAAUGGCGGUGUGAAAUCAUAACAGUUUAGGAAUAUACCGUUUUCUAUUCUUUGUUUUACUGCUUCUGUUGACUGCCAGGGAAGUCCUACUCACUCCCCUCUCAUGAUAGGACUGUUGUUUACGAAAUUGGGAGGGCCAAAAGCGAGUGUCCGGCGAUUUACCUUGGUUGGCGGGUAUGUAGAAGUUGGAAAACAUUCCAAACAAAUCCUGCACAUUGACUUCAGGAUUUUAAGGGAGCAAGUGGUGUAUUAACCUAUUUUUGGUCGCCGGCUACCACGGGACUGCAUCUUCUAACGUUGAUGCACUGCCUUGGGACUAGAAGGUUAGGCCAAAGGCUUCGGGUUGGCCCCCUAAGGAAACUACCUGCUUCUAUUUGAACACCCGAGCGGUAUCCUAGCUCUCACACAAAUCGAAUUAUUUAUGUAACAUACCUCUUUGGUGUCUCCUCGUACCGAUCUUUAUGUGUUUAAAUAAAUAAUUGACUCAAGUUCGGAUAAAAACAGGGUAUGGCUUGUAAUAAGCUAAUGCAAAGUUUCUUCCUAGUGUUCAAAUUAAAGAGUAGACCUCAGGAAUCACUUAAGAAGCGGUUAAUUAAUCGUCAUAUUCACGUAAUUGUCCAAGUGGUAUUGUCAUUUACGAGUGCUGUAAUCAAAAUGUUAAGAACUAAUAGUGGAUUUCUAUAGUGUUCAGUAAGUUUACAUAGUCGGAAACUUGCUCUUAACCCUUGAAAGUGCUGUAGGUUAAGUGCACUGGAUUGGACCUGGCCGUUUUAUUUCAUGCAUAUGACCAAAUACAGGUGAAGGCAAUCAGUGUAGCUGCAGCAACCUCUGCAUCAGUAGGCCUGAACAUACACAGGGGAAAACGUAAGAUCCUCAGACACAACACGGAGAAUACCAACGAAUCCAAUCAUACUUGAUGGAGAAGCACUGGAAGAGGUGGUGACUUUCACGUACCUGGUCAGCAUCAUUGUUAAACAAGGAGAACCUAAUGUAAAUAUUUGAGUACGAAUUGGCAAAGCAGGGACCGCAUUCCUACAGUUUGACAACACA